GAGCGCGGCGGGGCCGGGGGCGCUCGGGCCCGGGGCGGUGGCGGGACGGGGCGGGGGGAGCCCGGCCGGGCCGUGAGGGCGCGGCGGAGCCUGGCGGCGGCGGCAGAGCGGCCUGGGGGCUCCCCCCGGCGAGCGCGGGCCGAGCGGGCCGGGCCAGCGGCCGUGGCGGGGCUAUGAUGAGCCCGCUGCGGGGCUCCGCACCCCCGCGUGUCCCCCAGGCAGGUCCGGCCCGCGGCUGAGAACCCCCCACCGGCGGUAUGGCCUCACAGCUGCAGGUGUUCUCCCCUCCGUCAGUAUCCUCGAGUGCCUUCUGCAGUGCCAAGAAACUGAAAGUGGAGCCGUCUGUCUGGGAUGUUUCAGGACAGAGCAGUAGUGACAAGUAUUAUACCCACAGCAAAAACCUCCCAGCAGCUCAAGGGCAAGCCAGCUCCUCUCAUCAGGUAGCCAAUUUCAGCAUCCCUGCCUACGACCAGAACCUCCUUCUCCCUGCUCCCUCUGUCGAGCACAUCGUGGUCACCGCGGCCGACAGCACCGGCAGCAGCGCCACAGCAUCCUUCCAGAGCAGCCAGACCCUCACACACAGGAGCAACGUUUCUUUGCUGGAACCAUACCAAAAAUGUGGAUUAAAAAGGAAAAGUGAAGAGGUUGACAGCAACGGUAGUGUGCAGAUCAUUGAGGAACAUCCACCUCUCAUGCUGCAAAACAGACCUGCGGUGGGUGCUGCGGCCACGACCACUACGGUCACCACAAAAAGCAGCAGCUCCAGUGGGGAGGGGGAUUAUCAACUAGUCCAGCAUGAGAUCCUGUGCUCUAUGACUAACAGCUAUGAGGUCUUGGAAUUCCUGGGACGAGGGACGUUCGGGCAGGUGGCGAAAUGUUGGAAACGUAGCACGAAGGAGAUUGUAGCCAUCAAAAUCCUGAAGAACCACCCUUCCUACGCCCGGCAGGGCCAGAUUGAGGUGAGCAUCCUGUCUCGCCUGAGCAGUGAGAAUGCUGAUGAGUAUAACUUCGUCCGCUCCUAUGAGUGCUUUCAACACAAGAAUCAUACAUGCCUUGUCUUUGAGAUGCUGGAACAGAACUUAUAUGAUUUCUUAAAGCAAAACAAGUUCAGUCCGUUGCCCUUGAAGUACAUCCGGCCCAUCCUGCAGCAAGUGGCUACUGCCUUGAUGAAGCUGAAGAGCUUGGGUCUGAUCCAUGCUGAUUUGAAGCCAGAGAACAUCAUGUUGGUGGAUCCUGCACGCCAGCCCUACAGAGUGAAGGUGAUAGACUUUGGGUCAGCCAGCCAUGUGUCCAAGGCCGUGUGCUCCACGUACCUGCAGUCACGGUAUUACAGAGCUCCUGAGAUCAUCCUGGGUUUGCCGUUUUGUGAAGCCAUUGACAUGUGGUCACUGGGCUGUGUCAUAGCUGAGCUGUUUCUGGGCUGGCCUCUGUAUCCAGGAGCAUCUGAGUAUGACCAGGUGGCUGGGGAGGAGCUGCUUUUUCCAUUGCUUAAUGACAGGAUUCUGCAGCCCUCUGUGAGGUGUGACUUCAUCGGGUUCAUUUUGAUGUCUGAAUUUCCCUUGAAGACUGAGGAUGACUUGGCUUUCAUGUUUUCUGAGAUCCUGCAGCAGAAAGUGGAAGUUGAGGUGGAACAUAUUCGUUAUAUUUCACAAACUCAAGGCCUUCCAGCAGAAUAUCUUCUCAGUGCAGGAACGAAAACAAGCAGGUUUUUUAACAGAGAUCCAAAUCUGGGAUACCCACUGUGGAGGCUCAAGACCCCAGAAGAACAUGAGUUGGAAACUGGAAUAAAAUCAAAAGAAGCUCGGAAAUAUAUAUUCAACUGUUUGGAUGAUAUGGCGCAGGUGAAUAUGUCUACAGACUUAGAAGGGACUGACAUGUUGGCAGAGAAGGCUGACCGAAGGGAAUACAUUGAUUUGUUGAAGAAAAUGUUGACAAUUGAUGCAGAUAAGAGAAUUACUCCACUGAAGACUUUGAACCAUUCGUUUGUUACAAUGGCACAUCUGCUGGACUUCCCCCACAGUAACCAUGUGAAAUCUUGCUUUCAGAAUAUGGAAAUCUGCAAGAGAAGAGUGAACAUGUAUGAUACAGUGAAUCAGAUCAAGAGCCCUUUCACCACUCAUGUUGCUCCUAACACAAGCACAAACCUGACAAUGAGCUUUAACAACCAGCUCAACACAGUACACAACCAGGCCAGUGUGUUGGCUUCCAAUUCCACUGCUGCUGCUACUCUUUCCCUGGCCAACUCGGACGUCUCCCUGCUCAACUACCAGUCUGCCCUGUACCCAUCCUCUGCAGCCCCAGUGGCAGGAGUGGCUCAGCAGAGUGUUUCCUUGCAGCCUGGAACCACCCAGAUCUGCACACAGACAGACCCCUUCCAGCAAACAUUCAUUGUUUGUCCCCCUGCUUUUCAAACUGGACUUCAGGCAACUACAAAGCAUUCUGGGUUCCCAGUCAGGAUGGAAAAUGCUGUCCCAAUUGUGCCACAAGCACCUGCAGCACAGCCUCUGCAGAUCCAGUCUGGAGUUCUCACACAGGGAAGCUGUACACCACUAAUGGUAGCAACUCUUCAUCCUCAAGUAGCCACCAUCACGCCGCAGUAUGCGGUGCCCUUUACCCUGAACUGCGCAGCCGGCCGGCCGGCGCUGGUCGAACAGACGGCUGCAGUACUGCAGGCCUGGCCGGGGGGAACCCAGCAGAUCCUGCUCCCUUCCACCUGGCAGCAGCUCCCAGGGGUUGCUUUGCACAACUCUGUCCAGCCAGCAGCCGUGAUCCCAGAGACCAUUGGCAGCAGCCAGCAGUUGGCUGACUGGAGGAAUGCACAUUCCCAUGGAAAUCAGUACAGCACUCUCAUGCAACAGCCAUCUCUGCUGACCAACCACGUGACAUUGGCCACAGCACAGCCUCUGAAUGUUGGGGUUGCUCAUGUUGUGAGGCAGCAGCAGAGCAGCAAUGUGCCAGCAAAGAAGAACAAGCAGCCAGCACCAAGCACAGCCAAGCCCAGCUCAUCUCUGGAGCCUGUGCCCACCCAAGUGUACUCUCUGAUUGGGAGCAGCCCCCUGCGCUCCACCUCCUCCUCCUCCAACGUGCUCGUCCCUGUGCAGGAGCAGCACCAGCCCAUUGUGAUUCCUGACACCCCCAGCCCCCCUGUCAGUGUCAUCACCAUCCGCAGUGACACUGAUGAGGAGGAGGACAGCAAAUACAAACCUGCCAGUUUGGGUAUGAAGCAGAGAUCCAACGUCAUCAGCUACGUCACUGUUAACGAUUCCCCUGACUCAGACUCAUCCCUGAGCAGCCCCUAUGCCCCAGACCCCCUGGCCUCGCUCAGGAGCACUGGGAGGGCCCUGGAGCUGCCCAGCAGAGCUGCUGCUGACAGCUCCAGCUCCCGCACCAUCAUUGUCCCACCCCUGAAAAUGCAGCUCAACGACUGCGUUGUAGCCACCCAGGCUUCAGGCAUCCUGAGCAGCACCAGUAAGACCAAGCCAGUGGCCUCAGUGAGCGGGCAGUCAUCAGGAUGCUGCAUCACACCCACGGGGUACCGCUCCCACCGCGUUGUCACUAACGGCGUGCAGCCCCUCAACCUCAGCCAGAACCAGCAAACCACAGUGCUGGCCUCCCAGGAGAGAAGUGGCAACGCUGUCCCACGCCGGCAGCAAGCUUACGUGGCCCCCCUCACGUCAACGAUUUCUCAGGCUCCCUACACGUUCCAGCACAGCAGCCCAGUGCAUCCUCACCUGGCAGCAGCCACGGCCAGCGCCCACCUGUCCAGCCAGCCCCACAUGUACACUUACGCCCCCACCACUGCAGCCACGCUGGGCUCCACCACCUCCAUUGCUCACCUGUUCUCCCCUCAGGGCUCAUCACGCCACACCACCUAUGCUGCCCACCCCAGCACCCUGGUGCACCAGGUCCCUGUCAGCGUGGGGCCCAGCCUGCUGACCUCUGCCAAUGUCCCCCCAGCCCAGUACCAACACCAGUUCGCUCCCCAGUCCUAUAUUGGUGCUUCCAGAGGAUCUGCUAUUUACACUGGAUACCCGCUGAGCCCCACCAAGAUCAACCAGUACUCCUACUUGUAAUUCCCAUUGAAGCACUGUCCUGCGACGGGUCUGAGAGGCUGGAGAAGGAUUUCAGGUGAACCUUUGCCUGGGAAUGACUGCCUAGUUUGUGUUUCUCCCUGAUCUGCUUGUAUGUUGUUCCCAAAUGUCUCUGGUGAGUUCAGUCACUAACUGAGCAGCAUGUUUUGUUACCAGUACGAGGGUCACUAAUUAAGUUUUUAAAAUAUUACUUACUUUUUAUAGAUGCUUUUAAAAAAUUCAUGGUCACGUUUAUUUAAAAUUGUUCUGUUGUGCUAAUCAAAAGGGGUGUCAAAUCAGUGUCUCAGAAGACAGAUCCUGGUGUCUUUUUUAACUUGUGUACUUAAACUAAAGGAUUUGCAGAUUCUAUUUUAGUAGCUUGCACAAAUCCACAUUACCACUAAAAAUGUAGUGCAUGUUUAUCUCAUUACGUUGCUGGGGCAGUUUUAAAAUCAGAUUUACUAUUUUAACAUCUGUUCUCUAAUUCACUUGUCUUUAACAAAUUGCUGGUUCUGCAAAAGCCAUUACAUCUCUCCAUGUAUGUAGGUUUCUGUCAAAGGUGUUUUGUUUACUCCUCUACUUUGUUUAAGGACUGGUAGAGGCAGCUGCCUUAUGCCAGCAACACGAUACAUUCAGGAGUCCUGUAAACCCUGGAGUCUGCUUUGUUUCUUUGAAAAUUCUCCAUAACCCAGCUGAAUUUUUGUUGUGUUCAUUGAAGAAUUCUUCUAAGUGGUUCAAACUGUAUUCAGGAUCUCACUGUGUGACAGAGCUCAGCAGCUCUGUCAGGAUGUUGUUGUCUCCAGUUGAAAAUGAAUAAUGCAGCAUUGCUCUAAAAUUUGGUUUCUGCAACUUAUUAGAUGCUGGCCCUAUAAUGGAGCUGGAUUCCUUCACAGAAGCACAGGGCUUUGCUUUGUUCUGUUUUUCUUAAUAUUUUUGCCUCAUGUGAUUCAUUUAGGAGGGAGAUGAAUUUGAAAUACAAUGAAACAUCACUGUAUUGAUGUGUACAGCUUUUUAUACUCCUGUGAGCGUAUCCUCCUGGAUAUGUCAGCAGCUACUCUAAAGCGCUCUUAAAUAAGACUUGUAAACAGUACAUGCAUGUAGGAAUUGCAACAAAAAAAAGAAAAAAAGAAAAACUAAGACAAAAAAAGAGAAAAAGAAAAAAGGAAAAAAAAAAUCCAGAUUUUAAAGUUUAUUACUGAAUUUAAAACUAUUUUAGAAGUUUUGUAUUGGUGGUGUUUUAAUAUUUUACAGAAAAUGAAAUAUGUACAUAUUGAUUAGAAAAAUAUAACAAGCAAAACUUCCUGCUAACCCCAAAUGUUCUGUCUUUGUAAUCAAAAUGUGUAGUGAUUAUACUUGAACUCUGUACUUAGUGUUUGUCUAAUUCUUAAACGUUCCUGGGGAUGGAAGUGUUGUAUCCUUUGUAUUUAAACCAAAAUGAAUUGAUUCAUGUUGGAAUGUAUGUGAUAUAAUGCAAUGGUUAGAGCUCAUCACUGUAGCACUGAGAGAGGAGUAGAGCUUCACGAGAGGAAAGGAUACCUUGGAUUUGUUUUGCACAGGUAUGUGUGAUGAAGAGUUGUUUGGUGUGUCCCCUUAUUGUAGUGCCUUAAAUGAUGAUGUAGUGUGACUAGAGUUUACAGUGAGCUUGCCUUAUGAGGGACCAGCAAGCCCCCGUCGAACUGAAGCAAUUCACCCACCCAGCUUUCCCCAGCCAGAACAGCAGGAUGGUGCAGAGUCCUCUCCCUGUCACCGCUCUCAUCCCGGCUCCGUUCUUGUUCCCAGUGAAGUGAUGUCCCCUUGAAGCUUUCCCUUGAAAUGGCACAUGUACUGUUAGUGUCUGUCAGUGCAUUUCGAAUAAGGUAGUGCUGGGAAUGCAUUGGAAUGUUUAGUCUAAUAUUGCAAAGUGAUUAAAUACGUGCAAUCACUUUUAUUAGGUUUAGUGUAGCGUUACCUUCCCCCACAGGAAUAGCAGACGUGUUGUGUAAAAUAUUGCUAGCUUGGUGAUAGAAUAUUUAUACCAAAGAGAGCCUGCUGUAAAGCACAUAAUACCAUUAAAAAGUUUUAUUAUGCUACUGCUAAUGUGGAGUUGUUGGGAAGGUCUGUCAGCUGUAGCCCUAGUUAGUGUUCAGAAGAAAUACUCACUUUGGAUAAUCAGUGCAGGUUUUGGACUACGUUUUGUUUUCUUGGGUCCCUUGUACUAGGAAUUAUUUCUCAUCUAAUACAUAAAGUAUCUUGUUCAAAAGGAUGAUGAUAUAAACUGGUUCGAGUGGUCAUGUUACUGCAGCAAUAAGAGGUUUGGUAACCUUGAACCCCAGUUUAUGUUCCGUCCCAGUGGGAAGGAGGCCGGUCCUGACCUGGUUGUGGCAGGAAAUGCCCGAGCCAUUUCUGCAAGCCCACGUUCCUGCUAGAAGGAAGCCGGGCCUGAGGUGGAUGGACUAGGGAGGGAUGGAGGGCUGUGGAGAUGGACGGUAGCAUUAGCCCACGUUGAUGUUCAGUGUGUUUGUAGUCGGAGCACUUCUGUGAGCGUGCGGAGAACCAACCUUGCUGUGCCACAUCGUUGCUGCAAACGAUGCUCUUCGUUGCUGUAGGCACUUUCUUGCUUUUUUUGACAUUGCUUGUGUUCAGUACUUGCCUUGAGAUACCUCUUGGGUACAGAGUUGUGCCUUUCCACCAAAAGGCAAACCAAGCUCCAACUCCCUGUUUCACAAGUAGGACUUCAUGGAAAACACUUAACUAACAGGAAAAAAAAAAUAUAAAAAGACCUCUAGCAAAAUCCGCUAAUAAUUUUGAGAACUUGCCCACAUUCCCCUAAGAAAAGCAGCUUGAAAUGUCUAUUUAGAGACCUUGUAACACAAUUAAUCCAAAUCAAAUGUAUUCCCAAAGCACAGUGUCAUCUCCUCCACUGCCCGAGUUCCCUGAAGUGUUGGAACAGGGAGGAUGAGAUGGAAAUGAUGUAGGUAAAAUCAAACGUCCUCCAUUUGGAACAAGCUGUAAAACCCCAAAAUACCUCUGUGAUACACAGCAAACCCCAUCCCAGCAGGGCCAGGGUCUCCCAGUCUGGCCCCAGUAUAUGAUGCCAAAUUUAGGUGUAUUGUGUUCUGCUCUAAGGAGGUACAUCCUUCUUCCCUUGCAUACCCAGCCUCAAAUUGGGUUCAAUAAUUGACUCUCCUCAUUGUCAGAGCCUGCUACACAUUUUUGGACAGAAAUCUAUCUCUGGAUAGGAAUUGGCAUCCUUUAGUUUUCUUUACAACUAAUUUGGGAUUCACCUUUGGAAUAUUUGAUAGCCGUGGUCCCAGCUAGGUUUGUCUGUGUGAUUCUUGAGCUGUUCAAUCAGUUUUCUCUUACCUGACCUGUAUUUGCAGCUGUGAUAGCCCCUGCAGAGGCAACUCCUGAGGCUUUCCUGCUUAGCACCUAAUUGAUGGGAUGCAGUAAUUUACCUCUGACUCAGCAAUUUCUUUUACUACAUGAAACUAAAUUGCUUCUAAAUGACAGGAUUGGCACAGCCCUGCUUUCUUUUUAUUAAUUUUAUUUAAACUUCUGAAUGGUGCCGCAUGUCCACAUGGUUGUUUGUUGCUAAACUUUAUAUAAUGUGUGAUUUCAGAUUCAGCUUGAACUAUAUCUAUCUCACUACAUGUAGCAGUACAUUAUAUGUAAUGUUAGUAUUUCUGCUUGAAUCCUUGAUAUUGCAAUGGAAUUCCUACUUUAUUAAAUGUAUUUGAUAUGCUAGUUACUGUGUAAAAUUUAACUUUCUUUUAUGGUUGUGCUCUUCCUUUUUACAAGCCGCUAGAUACAGGUAGUUUCUGACAAUUACUGAUCUAUGUUUGUAUUGCUGAUGUACUUAGGGGGUAUGUAAAAAUCAUUUUAACAAAAGAAAUAGAUAUUUAAAAAUUUAAUACUAACUAUAUGGGAGAAGGGUCCAUUGUGAAAACAUAGUUUAUCUUUGGAUUCAAUGUUUGUCUUUGGUUUUACAAAGUAGCUUGUAUUUUAAGUAUUUUCUACAUAAUAUGGUAAAAAUGUAGAACAAUUGCAAUGCAUCAAUAAAAAGGGUUAAUUUUCUGUACUCUA